CAGCAAGAGCAUCUCUUAUUUUCGCUAUAUAAGCUCAAUCUCUUCGGUUUCCAGUCAUCAGUCUUUAAGUUAUCACUGCAACAACAGCUUUCUUUUAGUCCGGUAAUAAAGCAACAGUCUCAUCAUGAACUUCAACAAGAUCUUCGUCUUUGUGGCCCUCAUCUUGGUGAUCAGUUUGGGAAAUUCUGAAGCUGGCUGGCUUAGGAAGCUGGGAAAGAAAAUCGAACGCAUUGGCCAACACACUCGGGAUGCCACCAUUCAGGUCAUCGGAAUCGCUCAACAAGCCGCCAAUGUGGCAGCCACAGCUCGAGGUUGAAAGCGAAUCUCGAAAACACUCUUCACGCCUCUUAGACUGCCUUUUAAUCUAAUUUAUAUUAUAACUUAAAAAAAAAUUAAAAUAUCCAAAAUGAGUUCUUAUGUCAAUGUCAAGAAAAACAUACAUAUUUAAACAAAUAUAAAUAAAAUACUAAUAAGCACGUAUGGAAAUUGUAUGUACACAAGUUUAAAUGCUGAUAACGUCUUCAUCUGCCGAUACAUUUCUUUGUAUAUUGUAUUCAAUCAGAUUUGGUAAUU